ACGGCUCCUCACACGCACAGCUGCGGCCUGCCCUUGCCCGACGCGCUUGCUCUCGAUCUAGCCACGCCCGCGCCGACCUUUCACAGCUUGUCACCUCCUCCGCCCGCUCAUCAACCCCCCGCGCUUGCCGACCACACCCGCCUCCAACACCGUCAUGGGCCCGAUUCUCACCCCUUCUAUCCGCCGUGUUAUCCAGAACAUCCGCCAGGUCGGCCCCAAGCAGGCAUGGCGUGACCUGCAGUACAUCGGCGACUUCAAGGCGGGCAAGUUUGUCGGCCAGGACGAGCACGGCAACCGCUUCUUCGAGAACCCGGACGAGACCCUCUGGAGGCACCGCUGGGUCGACUAUGCCUCGCACGACUACAACGCGUCGCAGAUCACGCCCGAAUGGCACGCGUGGGUGCAGCACGUCCGCCACCUCCCGCCGACCCAGGACCCGGUCAUGAUCGCGUCCAAGCAGCGGUGGAUGACGCCCCACACGGAGAACCUGACCGGGACCCGAGGCGCGUUCAAGACGUACUCGACGACCAAGAACAAGGUCGACUCCUGGGAGCCCAAGGUGGCUGCGCGCCAGUAGCCUGUCCCCUGCCUCCUUCCUUUUCGUCGCCCUCUCGUAAUCCUCGUCCCGAACCGCGUGUCCGCCUC